AUGCAAACCAUAAAGUGUGUUGUAGUUGGCGAUGGAGCUGUGGGAAAAACAUGUUUAUUGAUUUCCUAUACGACAAAUAAAUUUCCAAGUGAAUAUGUACCCACGGUAAGUUUACAAUUAACAUUACCUUUUCACCCAUGCAAUUAACUUUGCCAAGCGUCCCUUGUCGGUACCAUUAUUUUGAUAGCUGAAGCUUUUAAAGUGCCUACUUUUAUAGCUGUUGUACAUAUUAACUUAAAUGUCAAGAUGCUACAUUUUAACUUAAAUUUUAUUUCGGCGCGAAUGUAUGGCGAGUGUAUGUAUGGGUUGACGUUCUGAAUCAAUUGAGCACAUUUUCCCCCCGUGUACAGUAAACAUUGAACGAUCAAAACUGCAUAUUAGAAUUUUGUGCGUGUUUGUGUACUCAAACGAAGUUUUCCAUUAGUCAAAUAAGAGAAGCUGUAAAAAUUAUUUUUAAGUUUUUAAGUGUCGGUGUGUUAGUGAUGUGUGCUGCCCGAGGGCCCAUUUUUUAUUAUGUAGAGUAGAACUUUGAUGCGGCGGUCACUUAUUAAUGAGUGGCUAAAAGCUAAGGAGGAUGAAAAACAUAUUGAUUACAAUUUUCUUGAGAGUGUUCCAUAUGUUAAUGGUAAAACACUGGUACAAUAUAAUUGCAUAAGAGAUCUUGCACCUUUCUGUGGACAUUUUAACUCAUCAUUUGUUUGAGUGGGAUGACCUCUAUUAUUUUUAAUGGUUGUGAUGGAAAAUUGAUCACGGGAUGAACCAGCCAUUUUGGCUCUGUUCUCUAGGCAGGACAUGUGUGUACAUUCAGGUGAUGGCUGUUCUUUUGACAAGUUCUGAAUUGUGGUUUAAAAAGCACUAAGAGCAUUUUACUCCAGCCAGGUUGAAGAUAAAGAGAUGCAUAUAUGCUUCCAAGCUAUUUUCAUGUUAGCAGUGAAAUUGUUGGAGUUACUGUUUUGCCAAAACCUUUCAUGAUGUCAGGGAAAAUUAGAAACAUUUUUUGACGUGGCAGCUGUUUCCCUUUAUGUUUUAUUUUCCUGGACAGUAACAAUAAAUUAGAUUUACAAAAGGGUGAAAUAUUUUGAGCACAGAACACCUGGAAAAGUUAGUUCCAGUGCAAGCUUUCAGUUACAGUAAUGAAUUAGGGAUGUUCACAAACCAUUGUAAAAGUUGCUGAGGAUUGUUUGCUUAUUUUCAUCUGAUAAUUUUCAAGCUUUUUAUUUUCAAUAUCCCCUCAUCUUCAGUGGAUACGUUUCUUUUUACAUGAUGAGGAGCUGUGCAAAGAAAUCUACAUGCACAUGAAAUUAUAUCACUCCAUUAGAGAGGCCUUGCAAAAUUUUGAAGCACUUGCACAACAGAGAACUCCUUCUAGUAAAAGUGAAAGGGAAGCCUCAAAGUAAUACUGCACUGUUUGUUUGUUUUUGUUGGGGUCUAUUUUAGGUAAAUUCUUCACUGGUGACCAAAGCACAAGAUUUCAGUUUCCUGUCCAAUGCCUCAGUGAGGUAUAAUACUAACUUAUGGACUGCUUGUUUUGUACUUUUCCAGGUGUUUGAUAACUAUGCUGUUACAGUUAUGAUUGGUGGUGAGCCAUAUACAUUAGGAUUGUUUGACACAGCAGGUCAGUAACUCAGUAGUGUUCUUGUCAAACUACAAAUGAAGCAAAACUUUCAUUUGUUUAACAACCAGAAAUGCAAUUUAUUUGAGUGAUGUAAUGCUUAAACUAAGUUUAGUCAAGUUGGUAAACCAACAGAAAUCUUCAGUUACUUCUUUGUUUUCAACAUAGUUAUUUUUGCAACUGUGUUUGUGUCGAGAAGAGUUGUUGUGAGAAGCCUGUAGGCAGCAUAAACCUGCUGUUUGUCAAACCAUUUUGCUCUGGCUUCUUUGUGGUUUGUGUUCAAAGACACAAAAAAGUAUUUUUCUACUGUUUCUAACAUUGAUGCCUGGUUGAAAAAAAGUUACUCAAAUCUGUGGCAGACUGUUGGAAAUCACAUCAUGGAGAGUUUCAAAUUUUUCAGCAGAACCCUCUCCCUGACCACUUAGGAGGGCAUGUUGCUCUUAACACAUCAUGCCAUCUAAUUCAAAAUCAAGUUUAAUUCAAUGCACCCCCCUACUUAGUUCAAAUCAUAAUCUAUCAGAUUUUCCAAUAAUAACCCUGGUUAACCUUGGUUUAUGAAGGAGGGACAGGUGGCAACUGUGCUCAUGUGCUGUGUAAUUACUAUGUGAGUGGGUUUUGCCACCUGUCGUGUCUAGCCACAUGCUCUUGGCAUCUGGUGGGUCGGAACCAGUAGGUCUACUUGUAUGUGAUUAUUUUAGUAAAGUUUUUUCUUUGUGGUUGGCAAAACGUUGAUGUCUUUGUGGAGAUUGUAUAGCUUCCUCUCAAAGUGCAGACGUAAUUGAUGGUCACAAAAGAUUCAGUCAACAUUUUAGGAGUCUUUGCAUAAACUUGCCAAUUUUUCUGAUAAUUUUGUCAAGCUAACUUUCUUUCCCACAAGACUGUCCCACAACUAUUUAAAAACCAAAUUGGCAAUGACCUCCAAUUUCCCUUAACUUUAUGCUCAGCAUUGAUAACUCUUCAUUUCUUUGUCUUGAAUAGGUCAAGAAGAUUAUGAUAGACUGAGGCCGUUAUCCUAUCCUCAGACAGACGUCUUUCUUGUGUGUUUUUCUGUAGUGUCACCUUCUUCAUUUGAAAAUGUUAAAGAAAAGGUCAGUGAUAUUGUUGUGUAGGAGGAAGUCUUCUCCUUUUCAGGCAGUAAUCAGUGAAAUUUUCUUGUUAUGUUUGCAGUACUUCUUAUAACCACCUAAAAUUGCAUGCAGUUCUUAAAAAUUCAACAUGUUAAAGGAUUGCUUUAAAACUUCAAAAAUUUAAUUUGCCUGUUGUGCUCAGUAAACUGUAAUGUUUGUUGGUUAGUGACUUACUCAGUGGAUAGCUCCGUCUCGCUUUUGUACUUCUAGGCUUUGGACUGGUUAAAGUUUUGUCACUCUCAUUGGUCAAUUUAUUGGGUAUCUGGUUUUAUUGUGGCUAUAUAGCUGAGUAGCAUCUCCCUUUUGAAUCCUUUAACCCUUUAACUCCCAUGAAUGACCAAGACAGAAUUUCUCCUUAUAAUAUCAAUACAAUAUUAAUCAGAUAAGCAACAAGAAUAAAGAAAAAUAUCAAUUUAUGGAUAAUUAGUCAAUCAAAUACUAAAUUCUGAGAAUUAACAUUACAAGAAUUGUAUGGUUGACAGUAAAGAGAAUUAAAUUUGAUCUGCAUAGCAUUGGUAAACCUUUAUCUUAUUGAUGUUUUUAUUUCUGUUUUAGUGGGUACCAGAGAUUACUCAUCACUGUCCAAAGACUCCUUUUCUUCUUGUUGGUACACAAGUUGACUUGCGGGAUGAUGCAGGAACAAUAGAAAAAUUAUCUAAGAACAAGCAGAAACCCAUAACAGUGGAGGGUGCAGAAAAGUUAUCAAGAGAGCUUAGAGCAGUGAAAUAUGUGGAGUGCUCUGCAUUAACGCAAAAAGGCUUGAAAAAUGUGUUUGAUGAGGCAAUCUUAGCUGCCUUAGAACCUCCUGAGCAACCCAAGAAGAAAAAGUGUAUUUUACUUUGAGAGAAAAAUUGUGAAAUUGGGACAGAAAACUUGUUAAUGAUCUUGAUUCAGAUGGACAAGAUUUUGAUUGUCCAUACACAAGAGACAAUACUUGUUCAGAACUGAAAUUCUUGAAGUGUGGAUAGAGUCUAUUAAACAGAACAAAAUAGCUGUAUAGGGUUCUCCUAGCCAACAAUUAAAGACGAACAGAAUAUGCUUUGUUUGCCAGAAAUGUUUAGAGUAAGGUGAGAGAAGAAUGGCUACUAUGGCAUGACCUCAAUUUUUCACAAGGGCUACUGGUUCCUUGAUGGAAUCUUUUGUUCAACUUCAUUUAAAUCUGCUUAACUGUUGAUAUUAUAAUAUUUUAUGCUGCUGAUAAAUAGCGAUAACAUGUCAUUCUUAAGUAAGGACAUAAUUUUUUGUGGUCUUAGGGUUGGAACAAAUGAAUUAAAUCAGACAACCAGGGUACUAUGUGAAAACCUUUAAAACAUUCAUAAAAGUUUAUUUGGCUUUUUGCGCUAGAUGUACUUCUACAAGUAGGAAGAAUUUACAGAAUCUCUUGCAAGGUCCAUUAAUUGUUACUUUCUGAUCAAUAGUUAGUUGUUGACUAAUUUCUGAAAUGAGUUUGGUUCUCUUGCUGUUGCCCUAUUGUAGGGCAAUUUUCAGCUGGGUGUCAAAAGUUCGUCCAAAAUAUAAUGCUACUGGUCUGAAAAAAUUUAGCAACCUCCUUAAGCAGUCAAGCCAAGACUAAUAACCUGUUACCAAUCUUUUACUUAGAGUUUUCAACGGCUGAAUGUGAUGUCAAUCUUGGUUAUGAUUUCCCAUCAUGAUUACUUUGGUUUUGGUUUUUAUGACAUUUGGUGGAAAUGUGUACCAUCAUGAGAUAAGAACUAGUAACUCUAUAUAACUUUUUUGUCUAUAAAGGAGAUCCUUUAAUAAUGCAAUUAAUGCUGCACUUUUGGAAAUAUUUGAGCAAUGUUCCUAGUUAUUGUGAAAUAUAUUAUUUUGACUUCUGACACAUUGGAACUAGUGCAGUAUGGUGUGAUUUUCCUGAUUAAUUUAACAGUAAAAAGAUUAGAUUGUGAGCUUAUGCCUUCUCUCAGAGAGAAUGAUUUAGAGUCUGCAUCAAGCAUAAUUUGUUUUGUUAGAAUUGCUACAAAGAUUCUUAAUACACAAAGAAAGCUACUUCCUUGUAUUUCAUACUUUUCUUUCUCCUUGAGGUCUGCAAGUGUAACUACUGCAAUGAGAAGAAAUUUGUCUUGCACAACUGAGUGUCCU